CCGCGGCACGCCGCUCCACGCGCCCGCCCGCAUGUGAGCGCACCUGGCCACCACCACCCGCCACGUUCGCUCUCCAACGCACCGCGCCGCCCCCCACCCACCGGCCACCGGUAGCAUCAUCCACCUCCGCUUCUCGGCGCCCGCACCUCGGCUGCCGCGUCGGGUUUAUUUUACCGGCAGCCGCAGCAAACCUUCCACCCCCCUUUUGACUCGCCGCCUCCUCGCGUUUGACCCACCGACUCUUGUCUCCCCGUCUCCGCACCGGAGCGCGCGCGCGCGCACACACCGUCGCCGUUGUUCCUUCGCUCGCCGGUUGGGACUGAAGCUUCGUCUUGGGGGAGGGUUUCCGCCGCGGUCGGCCGGGCCAGCGCGCCGAUGGAUAUAACGGAGGUGACGGUGGUGCACCAUGCCGCGCUGGUGCUGGCGGCGCUCUGGGCCGCCGCGACCACCGGGUGGACGCACCCGGCGCUAUUCCUCGUCGCCAUCGUCUACAUCUUCGCGGUGAAUGAACGGUAUAUGAUGAGACUGCGGAAGCGGUUGCAAUAUGAGGAAAGGAAAAGUGCCAACCAAAGAAGGCUCCUCUCUGAUGCAGAGACAGUCAGGUGGUUAAAUUAUGCUGUUGAGAAGAUCUGGCCAGUUUGCUUGGAAAGGAUUGCAUCUCAGCAGUUCCUUUUGCCCAUAUUCCCUUGGUUCAUAAACAAGUUCAAACCAUGGACCGCGAGGAAAGCAGAGAUUCAAAACCUUUACUUGGGUAGGAAUCCGCCAAUGUUUACAGAUAUCAGGGCCGUUAGUCAAUCAACUGAUGAUGAUCAUCUGGUUCUGGAGAUAGGAAUGAACUUCCUGGCCGCAGAUGAUAUGGAUGCAACGAUGGCGGUGCAACUAAGGAAGAGAUUAGGGUUUGGUAUUACAGCAAACAUGCAUAUAACUGGCAUGCAUGUUGAAGGAAGGGUCCUGGUUGGGGUGAGGUUUCUUCGACAGUGGCCCUUUAUUGGGCGUGUAAGAGUAUGCUUUGUGGAGCCUCCAUACUUCCAGAUGACAGUGAAGCCGUUAUUUGGUCAUGGGCUUGAUGUAACUGAACUUCCAGGAAUUUCUGGAUGGCUUGACAGGAUGUUGGAUGUUGCCUUUGGACAGACCCUUGUUGAGCCUAACAUGCUAGUCAUUGAUAUGGAGAAGUUUGCCUCAGAGUCAAAAUCUACAGAUAAUUGGUUUACUGUUGAUGAGAAGCCACCUAUUGCACAUGCCAAGGUAGAGAUCUUGGAAGGGGCUGAUAUGAAGCCAUCUGAUCCAAAUGGUUUAUCGGAUCCAUAUGUGAAAGGCCAUCUCGGACCCUACCGUUUCCAAACAAAGAUUCAUAAAAAAACUCUCAACCCCAAAUGGCUGGAGCAGUUUAAAAUACCAAUAACCUCUUGGGAAUCACUCAAUCUUCUUUCUCUUCAAGUUCGAGACAAAGAUCAUAUCUUUGAUGACGCACUUGGAGAUUGUUCCAUAAGUAUCAACAAAUUGAGAGGGGGGCAAAGACAUGAUAUAUGGAUGGCACUAAAGCAUAUAAAGACAGGGAGGAUCCAUGUAGCUAUAACGGUACUUGAGGAUGAAGAUGAAAAGGUAUGUAAUCACAAAGAUGAGCAAUGUGGAACACUCGAGGAGGGAAAAGCUAGCACACCAAGGUCCAGCUUUUCUUCUAGGACCAACACUGAGAGUGCAUCUUCUGCUGAGUACCGGAAGAUGUCUGAUGAAUAUGAGCCUGUGGACAUCGAAGGACUGGACAAGGCUGGUGUUUGGGUUCAUCGCCCCGGCAGCGAUGUCUCCGCCACUUGGGAGCCUCGCAGAGGACGUGCACGAUGCCAGGACUCUCAAAUACUACGGGAGAAUGAUGUUAGUGAUAGCCCUAGGUCAUCAGUGUCAGAAUCUCAGACAAGCAGCUCCAGCACUGAAGAACCAGCCAGUGGUAAAUCACAUCGUCAUCUUCGCAAGGUGAAAAAGGGUUUGGUUAAACUAGCUGGAGUAAUGCGACACAAGAGCUCAAAUAAUGGAAGUGAUGACGAAAGUUCUCCAUGCGUAACGCCUCACCCGAACAUACGGCCUGUUGGAGAAAACAGGGUGUCAGUAAAAUAUGUUGUCGAUGAAGAUGUCGGGGACAAGAAAAUGAAGCAGAGGGCUGAUGACCAGCAUUCCAGCCCUGAGAGAGGAGAGGUUGAGAGCCCAACCAAAAGACAGCUGAGGAAGAAGGCGGCCCAUAUGGUGAAACAUGCAGGGAAAACGGCUCAUAACCUGAAAAGCAUGUUCAGUAGAAAAGGUCUUGACAAGGGUAAAGAAGAUGAAUGCAGAAACGAUGAGGAAGACGAUCUAGAUGAGAUGAAAGUUGACUCUCCUGUACCCAGGAGCGAUGUGGUUGAAGCACAGGAGGCUGUGGCGGAUGGGAAGGACAAAGCGUUGUAGAACAUUGUUAUGCAUAGAGGUUAGCAUUGUCAUGCAUAGAUGAAAGUCUAUCAGCAGAUAGUAACUAAGGUAUAGUUACGAGAUAGCACCCUGACAAUCAAACUAGAAGUUAGUUCAUGAAAUUGUUAGGAUGGUCGAGGUCUUGGUGUUCUGACUAUUAUUUUUGUUGUGUUCCACGGGAUAACCUUUGUAUAUGUGGCAUGUAUAUUCCUAGCGAUGCCAUUUUUGUUUGGGCUCACACAGUAGCCCCUCGAAGAAAAGUACGCAUUCGAAGUUUGUAAGCCUACUAACUUUCUCACUUGACAUUGUCUACCCGACGGAUGGUGGUCUUCAGUUCA